GAAGUGACGGCGGCGAGGACCCGGAUGUGGAGGGGGCGGGGUUCCCGCGCGCCCCACCCUGAGGUCACGUGACGCGACUGUCACGUGACGGAGCAAUGGGGACUACGCUGGACGUGAGGGUGAAGCGCGCCGGGAAGGUCUAUCGCGAUGGGGAAGUUCUUUCUGGAGUGGUGGUCAUAACCAGUAAGGACACGGUGCAGCACCAGGGGAUCUCCUUAACCAUGGAGGGCUCAGUAAAUCUGCAGCUCAGUGCCAAAAACGUGGGUGUGUUUGAGGCCUUCUGCAACACUGCCAAGCCUAUUCAGAUUAUCAACAGCACCAUUGAAAUGGUGAAACCAGGGAAGCUCCCCAGUGGAAAGACAGAAAUUCCCUUCGAAUUCCCGCUGCAAAUGAAGGGCAACAAAGUUCUGUACGAGACAUAUCACGGGGUCUUCGUCAAUAUCCAGUACACCCUGCGCUGUGACAUGAGGCGCUCGCUGCUGGCAAAGGACCUGACCAAGACUUGUGAAUUCAUUGUCCACUCCCUGUCACAGAAAGGGAAGCUGCUGCCGAGCCCUGUGGACUUCACCAUUACUCCUGAAACUCUGCAAAAUGUUAAAGAGAGAGCCUCCCUUCCCAAAUUCCUGAUCAGGGGGCACCUGAACUCCACCAACUGUGUGAUCACGCAGCCGCUGACGGGGGAGCUGCUGGUGGAGAGCGCCGAGGCGGCCGUCAAGAGCAUCGAGCUGCAGCUCGUGCGUGUGGAGACCUGUGGGUGCGCUGAGGGCUACGCCAGGGACGCCACGGAGAUCCAGAACAUCCAGAUCGCCGACGGCGACGUCUGCAGGGGCCUCCCCAUCCCCAUCCACAUGGUGUUCCCCAGGCUCUUCACCUGCCCCACCCUGGAAACAACCAACUUCAAAGUGGAGUUUGAAGUGAACAUCGUGGUCCUUCUGCAGGACGACCAUCUCAUCACUGAGAACUUUCCCCUGAAGCUCUGCAGGAUGUGAACACCCACAGGAGGAACAGGGAAGGAUUUAACUGGGAAUUCCUGAGGGGAAGUGGAACUUUAUCCAUGCCUGACUUCAGCAGGAGCCACCUCACUUCCUUCUCCCUGUGGGCACUUUUUGUGCUUUCACUUUCCUGUUAACCUGGCCAAGACUUUGCCUCUCUGGAUUUCCCAAUCCUGCUGCCUUCAACAUUUUCUCCAAUUUUUCUCAGGCAAAUCCUGAAGGAAUCAUUCUGUAGCUUUCUUACAGCUCGUGGGAGGAUGUAGCAAGUUCCUCUCUUGAUGUAAUUUUGUAAUACUUGUUCCAAAGUCCUUUGAAGACCCCUGAAAACUCAUAAAUCCCAUUAGAGCCAUACUGGGAGGGGAUGGGAAUUGUGACAGAAUGAGAAAAAGGGUUCUAAAGGUCUCAAAAAUGCUGCUACAACUCUGGAAGGUGUUGCUGUGGGAUCAGUCCCAAGGUGGAUGGGAAAUGAGUGAUUUCAAAUCACACCAAGGGAAUUUUGGUCAAACUAAGAACAGAAGUUGGUGUUGGAGGAAUAAAUGAAUGUGUUUGUACAACUUAAAUGAAAAAUAAUUCACUAAGAAAUAACCUUCCCAACACAAACAAGUUGUGGAUUUUGAUGUUUUAAUGAACAGCCACAACUUGUGGAUUUUCCAUCAAUUUUCCAUGUGGGAUAGAGGCAGGCUCAGUCUGUAUUAUGGAAAUUGGAAGUGUAAGGAUGAGCACCUAAAAAAGCAGAAUUAAGAAAACUGAGAAAAA